CAAAAAUAUCACUUCCGCCUGUUAACGAUCCGUCUUCCCCUCUUCCUCCAUUAUGCCUUAACGGAUAAAAACAAGUGGAGCGAUCGAUAAGAUGUACAACUAACUCAUCACGACUAGAAGAGUCUUGCGAUGUCCGAUCAACAAGUUCUACCAUAUCCUACCUCGUCGUUCGUUACUGUACAAGAGGGAAACGCAUUUUCAAUCACCUGGAAUUCUGCGUCGCUGGGUACACAAGAAGAGAACUUCCGUCCGUACAGCAAUGGAUCAUCUGCUACUCAUUAUUCGGAUGAUAUUGGCGCCCACGGAGCAGGAACGGGGAAAAAGUGUAACAUUAAAUCCAAUUAUCGCCAUAUUCCUCACAUACCUCACAGCGUCCGUCCAGCGUUUCAAGUAGCUCGACGAAACGCACGAGAGAGACGUCGUGUUCAAUCAGUCAAUGUUGCCUUUUCAAAACUUCACCAGGUUGUUCCAACUGACUUUGGAGAAAGCGAAGGAAACACGAUCGAUAAAACCAGAGGUCCAGCUUACGAAGAUGUAAGAGCUCGUCGUUCGAGUAAAGUUGCUAUCUUGAGGAGAGCAAUUGAUUACAUCAGACUUUUAGAAGAAGUUCUGCUCAUUCAACAUCAAAGCGCUGUUAUCUCCUACGUAUCUGAAAUCUAAUGGUCAUCCGUUCUACUAAUUUUCGCUUAAGCAUACUAGUUUUUAAGACCGAUAAUUCGUUGUCAUUUCUGACAGUAAUAUGAUAAUCAUGUGUUUGUUCAUCUUUACAAAAACUGUUGGUUUAAAGUCUUCACAUUAUAAAAAUUAAU